AUGAGUCCUACUCAAGAACAGAAUAACGAUAUUGAAAUUUCAGACUCGAAAUGUACUGAUAAUCCAGAACAACAGACUAUGUCAGAGGAUACAGAGAUGAACCAGGUGACAGAGGCAGAGGAACCAAAAGAAGAAACUGAUGCCUCCCUUAUUGAUGAACAAACGGAAAGAAAUUAUCGUGUUUGGAAGAAGAACACUCCUCUUUUAUAUGAUUAUUUGAUGACAAACACAUUGCUUUGGCCCUCAUUGACAGUUCAGUUUUUCCCUGACAUUACCCAUGUCCAAGGUGGAGGGAAUAACAAUGCUAAUAAUAAGGAAGAAAAUGAAACAAUAGCUCAAAGAGUGCUUCUUGGAACAUUCACAUUAGGACAAGCAAUUGAUCAUGUUAGCAUUUUACAACUUACGAGUUUCAAAGAUCUUAACAAGAGCAUAAAGAUCAGCAAACUAGAUUACAAUCCUGAUAAGGAAGAAUUAGAAUUAUCCACAUCUUCUAUUAACAAGACCAAAAUCUUACAGAAAAUAAACCAUAUCGGAGACGUCAAUAGAGCCAGAUAUAUGCCUCAAAAACCAAACAUAAUUGCUAGUGCAAACAAUUUAGGGGACUUGGUCAUAUACGAAAGAACUAGACAUAAAAGUUUUAGGAAUACAAUGCUAGAUGAUACAGAAAUGAGUCAAGUACAAGUGAAAUUGUGCAACAAGUAUAUUCCAUCCUCCGCUGAUAUUUUUGCAAUUGAUUGGAAUCAAAACAAGGAAGGUCUAUUAUUAAGUGCUGAUAUGAAUGGGAUAAUCAACGAAUAUGAUUUAUCCAAAUAUGAAUCUCAAACAUUGCAUGAAACAAGAUAUUGGGAGAAUAAUGCCAUUGGAGUCAAUGAUAUAGAAUGGUUUCCUACACAUGACUCUUUAUUUGCAACUGCCGAUGAUGCUGGAAGUAUAAAGGUAUACGAUAUCCGAGCUGACAAUUCUAUUGUAUACAACAAGAACAUAGGUAACAACGUCAACAGUAUUGCGAUCAAUCCUGGGUAUGCUACUGGAUUGGCUUCUGGAGAUAGUCAAGGAACAAUUAAAACUUGGGAUCUUCGAAAUUUUGAUGCUCCAGUAGGUGAAAUCAGAAAUCAUACUGAUUCAAUAACGCAAUUGAAAUGGCAUCCUAAGUACCAUAAUGUUCUAGGUUCAUCGUCUACAGAUCAUCUGGUUAAGUUACACAACGUUGCUAACAACUCAACUAUAUUCUCACACUUGGGUCAUAUGUUGGGAGUAAAUGAUUUUGACUGGUCAUUUGCAGAUGAUUGGAUGGUUGCAAGUGUAUCCGAUGAUAAUUCGUUACAUAUUUGGAAGCCAACUCAUACUGUAACAAAUCAAUUUAAAUAG